AUGAAGUCGCUGGAGAGGCUGGUCCUUAAACACCUCCGUACAGUGGUCGCACCAUCACUAGACCCCCUGCAGUUUGCAUAUCAGCCUCGUAUUGGAGUGGAGGACGCCAUCAUCUUCCUGCUACCUGCCCUGCUCAGCAGUAAGCUACUGGACAUGCAGGUGGACGCUCCACUGGUGAGCUGGAUAACCAACUAUCUCACUGCUCGGCCACAGUACGUGAAGCUGCAGAAUAACACCUCUGACAUUAUAUUGAGCAGCACGGGCGCUCCUCAGGGCACGGUCCUCUCUCCCUUCCUGUUCACAGUCUAUACAUCAGACUUCAGACACUGCUCACAUUCCUGCCAUCUGCAGAAAUUCUCAGAUGACUCUGCCAUUGUGGGCUGUAUCAUCAGAGAUCAGGAAGCUGAGUACAGGAGUGUGGUGGACAGUUUUGUGGAGUGCGAGAAGAUCCCGGAGCUGGAGAAGGAGCUGGUGGACCUGAAGUCUCCCUCUGCUGAAGACAUCUCCAGAGUGCUGGACUCCUACCAGAACCAGAGCGCUCUGGGUGCUGACAAGCCUUUCGUGUUGGAGCAGCACAUGUCUGACAUUAACAGGCUGUUCAGCUCCAGCAGUGUGGAGGGCAUCGUGCAGAACCUGAAGGCAGAGGGCUCAGAGUUCGCUAACACACAGGCAAAGACGCUGUCCAGGAUGUCCCCCACCUCCCUGAAGAUCACCUACAGACAGCUGCAGGCGGGGGCUGCUCUGAGCCUGCAGGACGUGCUGGUGAUGGAGUAUAGGCUGAGCCAGGCCUGCAUGAGAGGCUGCGACUUCUAUGAAGGUGUGCGAUCCGUGCUGAUUGACAAGGACCAGAAUCCCAAGUGGAACCCGUCCACACUGGAGGAGGUGUCGGAGGAGAGCGUGGAGCAGUGCUUCUCCUCUCUGGGGGAGAAAGACCUGAUGCUCUGAUGCUGAACACUUCAUACCCACCACCAAGAUCCCCCCCCACCCACCCCUAGUGUGUGCUCGGCCCUGUGAGAGGGCUGUACUACAUAAACUUACGUACUCUGACUCUAUAUCUUUAAAUACUGUACUGACACCUUACAGGCAAAUUCAAGCUGCUCCUCUGCAGUGGAGGAAAAGAGAAGAAGGUCUGAUUCAUGUUCACAAAUCUAAAAUAGUAGCAGAAGAGGUAGUGAGCAGCUGCCCUGUGUCACACAUGAGAAAUGUUUGGAGUAAACUGGCUCUGCAGAGUGUUUUGUACAGCAGUAACUCUCUUUUGCUGCAAAUGCAAGGGAUGUGCCGCACAGCAGCAUAAACAGGAAUACAUGGAGGAGCGAUGAUCUCACCGCUGAGUGCUUUAUUACAUUUCCUGUGGGUGUUUGUUGAUGUGACUUGGAUCCGUUUCAUCUGAUCUUCUGCAGUGUGGUCACUCAGUCUAAUGCAGAUCAUGUAUCUAUUUCUCCCUUUUUGUUUUGUCCAGUAUUUUUCCAUUUUCAGUGGAAUACUUAGAAGUGUAUCAGUGUUCUGAAGAGGGCUGCAUGAUUUGAAAUAAAUUACUGAUAUAGCGGCUGCACUAUAGGAGGGAUUGAUCAUUUUAGCAUUAUUAUUCCCUUUAGCAUCGAAAGAUUUAUUAAAAUGAUCAUGAUUUGAUUUUUUUUUUCCUCACAAAUAUGUGUUGUUUAGUCUGUAGAAUACUAUUUGGAGGCCCGGAUAUCUCCGCAUCUCAUUCAAAUGUUAUUUUAACAUAUAUUUAACCUUUAACCAAUAUUGUGGUUCCUGCAGUUUGAACAUCGAGCAAGUCCAUGUUGUGAUUUCGAUACAAUUCCAAUUAAUUGCGUAGCCCUAUUUCUGGAGGCAUUAACAUGAUUGUUAUAUGACAAAUACAGUUCUGUAUGUGUGUGAUAGUUUGUGUUUUUAAAGUUGACUAAAUCGCUGUUUUUCAGUAGGUAUCCCGAUACAUUACAAGCGGGCAAUAAAGACAGUUGGUAAUGUAACAUCAAGUUU